AUGCCAAAACGUGGCUAUAAUCCAUCAACAAGUGAAGAGGACAAGAUUCCAAUAGUCGAAAAAUUGUAUCGAGAAAAUCAGGAAUCUGAUUUCAUUGGUGGCGGAUUUUGUGAUGACGAUGAUUUGGUGGAAGAAAAAAGAGAACAAUUUGCAGAAGCGCGACAAAAAAGAGCAGAUGAAAGAGCAAAUAAAAUACUGGCACCGGAAAAUUGCGAGAAAUGCCAAAAUCCACUUUUGGAUAGUUGGUUAUGGCAAAGAUAUUCGUGCGCAAUUUGUGAUUCGUGUCGAAAUGAAAAAGGAGAACAUAAAUUGUUGGCAAGAACUGAAGCCAAGAAUUUGUAUUUAUUGAAGGUGAGGAGAGUUUCUUCUCCUCGAGAACUACACACAAUUUCGUACUAGAGCUGUAGUUGAAAAACUCAGACUGCAAGGAUUACUGUACAAUGUUCAACAUCUCAGACUACAAGAUAGAUUUAGUUGUAGGGUUACUGUAGUUCUCGAACUGCAAGGUAUACUAUACCCGUUUUUGGCGCGAAAAAUUUUCGAACAUUUAUGCCACGUGGAUUUUUCCAGCAUCGCAAUUUUUAUAAUGGGCCGAUUCACGAACAGAAAAAAAGUUUUUUUAACAUCGAAAGAUCAAAAAAUGUCGAAAAAACAUUAGUUUUUCGAGUUUUUCAGCCAAAAAUGAUGACAAAUCGAUAUUUUUCAAGCUUCUGGAGUAAUUUCUGAUUGAAAUUGACCACGGAGUUCACUUUCCAGAAGGUUUUGCUGAUUUUUCGUAAAAUAAAAGAUUUUAAAUUUUGAUGAAUUUCGAAAAAAUUCAUAAAAUAAAGCAAAAUAGGGUUCUCGAAGCUUAUUUUCAUCAGAAAUUACUCCAGAAUUUCCAGAAUCUCCAGAAUCUCUGGACUAAUUUCUGAUUGAAAAUAAGCUUCGAAAAGCCUAUUUUGCUUUAUUUUAUGGAUUUUUUCGAAAUUCAUCAAAGUUUAAAAUUUUUUAUUUUGCGAAAAAAUCAGCAAAACCUUCUGGAAAGUGAAUUCCAAGGUCAAUUUUAAUCAGAAAUUACUCCAGAAGCUUGAAAAAUAUCGAUUUGUCAUCAUUUUUGGCUGAAAAACUCGAAAAACUAAUGUUUUUUCGAAAUUUUUUGACUUUUCGUGAAUUGAUCUUUCGAUGUUAAAAAAUUUUUUUAAACAUUUUUUUUGUUCCCUAGUAAGAAAUUGUGUAGUUCUCGAGAAGAAAUUCGAAAAAAAACCCAUAAUUCUAGAUAUUUUUCAGGAUUGCGAUUUGGACCUGCGAAAACCGAUUCUACGAUUUUGGGCCAAGAAAAAUCCGCAUAAUCCGAGAUAUGGAGAUAUGAAAUUGUAUCUUAAAUUACAGGUUUUUUCUCCUCUCCCCCCAAUAAAUUUACAAAUUAAAAGAAAAAAAUUAAUUUUAGGUUGAAGCCCGUGCAAUCGAAGUUCAUGGAAGUCUGGAGCAAAUCGAGCUCAAAAAAGAGUUGAAAGAACAAGCGAAAGAAGUUCGAUCGGAAAAACAAUUCGAAAAGAAAUUGAAAACAUUGCGCCAGCAAAUUAAAGGCGCAUCGAGUCACACGACGAAAAUCGCUUCGGGACCACACAGACAUGUUUUUGGAAAUGAAAAACAUAUUGGAAAUGAUUUGUGGAAAAGAACGUGUGAGACUUGUGAUUAUGAAGAGGAAUUUGAAAAAAUGUGA